AAUUGUUUUAUUACUGGGUCUUAGAACUGUUAUACUAAUGUUUUAAACAAUAAUCCUUUUGAUAUGAGACAACUUGAAAUAUCUCUGAAACAGAACACAUUCAUCAGGAUAACUAUACUGCCUUUCUGAAACGAAAUACCCACGUUUAGAACGUAAUCCUUUCUUCAAAUGUCUCUGGAAUUGAACUAGCACAGUAGAAAGUGAUAUGGGUAGUACUUCUUUUAGUAUUUAAAUGACACAUUUGCUAGGACAUGUUAAGGUAUCAAUGGGUACAUUCUGGUACUUACUUCAGAUAACUGUACCCAAUUGAUAACUACCUGAUACCAAAUGCCUUUUACUUGUUCCAUUGAGUCCCAAAGGUAACAGUUUACUAUAGGUGACCUUAUUCAUACAUUAAUAAAGCCUUUAUAAAGCUAUAUAACACAUUAUUACAUUUGUCAUAAGUAAUGUAAUGUAAUUAGUAGUUUUAAAUAGUUAUGAUUAACGGCAUUAGAUGUUAUAAAACUAAUUAUAAUGUGUUUUAUAGAGAACUGUCAUAGAAUAUAUAUUUGGCUUGCAGUAACUAAACUGGCCAGGGGAGGGGCAGCUUUCCUAUAGAGUACUGUAAUGAGGAAGCCAAUAAGCCUCCCUGUUUCUCUAUGUGAUUCUUGCUGGAAGGUUCAACUGACUGGUUGGUUACACAUUAACCAAAGGAGCUGCAGUAUGCUGUCUCAUUAUCAAAUAUUUCUGUUUUCAAAAUUAUGGCUACUCAAUAGCCUUUAGCAUUCGCAAUUUGGUAAAUGGGAAGUUGGAAUGAAUAAUAUUUGAGACUAUAGGUGGUGCAUAUACAACAAAACAGGCCAUUCAUAUAUACACAAGGUGCCGUGGCUGAGUAUUGGAGAAGGACAAGACACAGCGUUGUUCUGGGACUAUUUGACUGUUAAGGAAUACAAUUUAGCCACCAUCACCAUGGGAUGUUUUGAAUCAAAAACAGAAGGAGAGAGUAAGUUAGUUUUCUUGUCUUUGCCAUAAAAAUAUGGAUAUUUGUCUUUCAAAAGAAGAAAAUGUAUUAUUCAACACUAUAUUACUUUAUACAGUACAGAGCACGGUGGAUUCAACAACGAAGGGUCAGCUAUUAAUCUCUUAAUUUAAAUAUUUUUAGUGGAAAUUUUUACAAAAGAAGAGAGUCAUGAGUUGGUAUAUUUAAAUACAUGAUCUCUGACUCAUAAGGAUUUAAUAUGUUGGUGUUUGAAGUUUUAACCUAACAUUUGUUAACUAAUAAACAACAAAAACAUGACAUUGAUGGAAAGCAUAGGAUCUGACAAAAAAUUUCAGAGGAAGAAUGUUUAUUUAAAUUACUUAAGGAGAAUUCUAUUACUUUGUUGAUAUGAAUGUUAUGACUCAACUGCAGACAAAGAAAACCCUUCACAGUCAGAAACUCAGCUCAAACUAUCUCCAGAAAAAGAUAUAAAUCAAGCACGCUCACAUGAAGUGGAUGUUACUCUGGAUGUGGACACAGCUCACCCUAAGCUGAAGAUACAUGGGAACUCACUACAGUGGAUAGAUGAUUCACCACAGAGAAACAUUGACAUUGAGAACUGUUUUAAUGAAGAGCCUUUUGUGAUGGGCAAAAUGGGCAGUCCUUUGAAGACUUACUGGGAGGUGAAUGUGAAGGAGAAGGAUGACUGGGUGCUUGGCGUUGCCAAGGCAACGUCUAACAGGAAGGGGCCGUUGGCUUUCAGUCCAACUAAUGGCUUCUGGGUAAUCAGACUAUCCAAUGGGCAAAGACUUAAAGCCAUGGAGGAUGAAGAACACGUUCUUGACAAAGGUAUUCCAGAUAAAGUUGGUAUCUAUCUAGAUUAUCAGGAAAGGAAGGUGACUUUCUUUAAUGCAGAUGAAGAUUCACUCAUCUACUCAUUUAUCAAUGGACCAAGUUAUCAGGAUGAUGUCCUGCCACUUUUCUCACCCUGGAACAAUGAUGCAAAACCAAUCACAAUUUUGUCCAUCACAGCAACAUAGAAAAACAUAAAUGAUCAUAUUCCCUGUCUGUCAAUAGCUUGUCAUGGUUUAAAGCUAUGCAAAACAUUUUUUAUUAAGUAAUAUCCAAAAUUGUGGAUUACUUUCUAUGUUCAUUUGCUGUCAUCUAACCAGGUAUCAACGUUGUGUCCAUAUUUUCUGUUAAUAUAUUAAUGCUCUGUCUUUCCGACUUGAAGAUUACUGACAUCAUGAUUUGAUCUCGUAUUUGUCUGAGUUCCUAUAAAACUCAUGGUACCCUUCGCCAGGCCAUAUCUGUGUGAAGCUUGACUCAAUGCUCUCAUCUGCUUUAAAACCAAAUUUCGAUCCAGGUUGGAUGUGACAGCAGAGAUGAGUUGCGCACUGUGGACAACCCCCCCUGACUUUGAGAAGCUCCAACACGACAUGCAUAAAGCACAACCAUCUCAUUAGUGCUGGUGAGAUACAUCAUGUCCAGUGAGGACCCUUCGUUCAGGGCAGGUGGGGCAGAAGCCACGACAGGUGCCGUGGCUGAGUAUUGGAGAAGGACAAGACACAGCGUUGUUCUGGGACUAUUUGACUGUUAGCUAUUACCAUUUAGCCACCAUCACCAUGGCCACCAUCACCAUGGCAAUCGCCACCAUCAUGAUGGGAUGUUGUGGCUCAAAACCAGAAGAACAGAUAGAGAGCACAGUGGAUUCAACAAAUAAGGUUUCUGACUCAACUGCAGAGCAAGAAAACCCUUUACUGACAGAUACUCAUCUCAAACUAUCUCCUAAGAAAGGUCAGGGCGUGACUAAGAUGCAUCAGCAAGAUCCAUCAAGAAGACUGCAAAAUAUAAAUCAAGCACGCUCACAUGAAGUGGAUGUUACUCUGGAUGUGGACACUGCUCACCCUAAGCUGAAGAUACAUGGGAACUCACUACAGUGGACUAAUGAAUCACCACAGAGAAAAAUUGAAGUUGAAAACUGUUUUGAUGAAGAGCCUUUUGUGUUGGGCAAAAUGGGCAGUCCUUUGAAGACUUACUGGGAGGUGAAUGUGAAGGAGAAGGAUGACUGGGUGCUUGGCGUUGCCAAGGUAACGGCUAACAGGAAGGGGCCGUUGGCUUUCAGUCCAACUAAUGGCUUCUGGGUAAUCAGACUAUCCAAUGGGCAAAGACUUAAAGCCAUGGAGGAUGAAGAACACGUUCUUGACAAAGGUAUUCCAGAUAAAGUUGGUAUCUAUCUAGAUUAUCAGGAAAGGAAGGUGACUUUCUUUAAUGCAGAAGAAGAUUCACUCAUCUACUCAUUUAUCAAUGGACCAAGUUAUCAGGAUGAUGUCCUGCCACUUUUCUCACCCUGGAACAACGAUGCAAAACCAAUCACAAUUUUGCCCAUCACAGCAACAUAGAAAAACAUAAUUCAUCACAUACCCUGUAUGUCAAUAGCUUAUUGUGGUAUAUGUGGCUAUGUGAAUAAUUUUCGAUUAAGUAAUAUACAGAAUUGUGGAUUAAUUCUCAUCCUUUGCUGUCAUCUAACCAGGCAUCAAUGUUGUGUUCCCUAUUCUUUACUAAUAUAUUAGACAUUCAUUAUUUCAGUAGGGUAUUGUGUGUGACAUUAAACAUGCAUUUUUGUUUUAAAACAUG